UUCCUGGUAGAUUUCUGAUCCAACGGAUAUCCUCACGCAGAUGCGUUGGCAGGGGCAUUCUGAGCCGUUAGAUAUCGUCCUUUGGAAAUUCCUUUCUUAUAAAAUCGGGUUUCUUUAGUUUCUUUUUCACUUUCAAAACCUCCUAGGUUGCCUCUUUUUUCUAACAGAAGAUGGGGUUCUGGACUGUGGUAUGGACCUGGCUAGAAGGGUUUCUUCUCUUUGCAAAUGCAUUGGCAAUUUUGAACGAGGACCGGUUCCUUGCUCGAAGAGGAUGGACAUUGGCAGACAUGACAGGACCUAGAAGGAAUACUCUUAAAGGACAAGUCAUAGGACUCAUUCACGUUUGUCAAUAUAUGAGACUUCCUCUUAUUUUUUUCAACAUUCUCGUUAUCACAAAGAAACUCAUCGCCGGAUAACUUGGAUAGCGAGUGAACAUGUAAAUUUUAGGUUUUAUGAUCCGGCUAUAGGCUGUGAAAACUCAACUGAGGUAUGUAUAAUUAUCAGAAUUUAUCAGUUCCGGCUUGUAUCUGUAUUGAAAAUUUGAAGUUAUCUUCACCAUCAUACUCAAAGUAAGACCAUAAUGAAAAUGUAAUUUUUGUUUUUAUUCUAAAUGAAUACGAUAUUGAGAUUCUGGUAAA